AUGGUCAGAAAUUCUUCUUUGGCUCCUACUAGAAUAUGGAGAACCCCACAAGAUCUUCUUCGCUUAGCUCAAAGACUGACGGGCGGCAAGCGCGAUUUCGAGUUCGACUACGCUCAGCUGACAGACGCAAAUAGUCAAGUGGUGGAAGACAGAUUAGGUUGUUUACUAUCUCAACUACAAACCGCCGGUAUAGCCCUGAUCAAGGGCGUCCCAAUAGAUACGACCACCGGAGAAAAGAGCGCAAAAGCUAUCAAGGAAGUGGCUUCUUGGAUCGGGCCCAUACGACAUACUUUUUACGGAGAAACAUGGGACGUCAUCAAUCUCGGCAAGGAUAGCAAGAACGUGGCGUACACGAACCAUAAUCUAGGGUUGCACAUGGAUCUCAUGUACUUUGAGAAUCCUCCGCGCUUCCAGCUUCUGCAUUGUCUACGGAAUCAGGUCGAGGGCGGAGCAUCCUAUUUCGUUGACUCGUUCGCUGUUCGAUCUAGAAUGCACAAGGAGUUCCCCACGUUACAUCAGGCAUUAAGCAAGAAUCGGAUACCUUUCAAAUACAAGAAUGACGGGCAUUCGCUAUUGACUAAUCGAGCCAUAUUCGAAAGGAGUACCCACGGGGGCUGGACGACGGUCGCUUGGUCCCCUCCAUUUCAGGGCGUCACUGGAUCGCCCAACGAACGAGUCCAGAGGGAUAUCUCGGCAAAGUGGUCGGAUCGCAACCAGGACUUCCUCGAAGGAGUCGCCAAAUUCGAGGAACUGAUCAAUGACAGUGCGGCACGAUACCAAUUCACGAUGAAGGCUGGUGAUCUGGUCUUGUUUGAUAAUAGGCGAAUCUUGCAUGCUCGACAGGCGUUCACAGAGUAUUCAGCAGAGAAGAAAAAGGAGAUGGGAAUUGUGGAUGGGGAGGUCAACAGGUGGUUGAAGGGCUGUUACAUCGAUGGGGAUGCGGUUUGGGAUAAACUGGCAGUGCUGCGAGCCAAGUAUGGGAAGCGGCAAAAGUGGGACUGGACAGGAGAUAAAAUAGCGGCCUGA